AUGGGCCAGCACUUCAGCAUCCGUGUGACGGGGGUGACGGGCGUGACGGGGGUGACGGGGGUGACGGGGGUGACGGGCGUGACGGGGGUGACGGGCGUGACGGGGGUGACCGGCGUGACGGGGGUGACGGGCCGCUGGAAUACAGCGCCCGCAUUCAGCUGCGGCUGCCGUACCGGCCGCAGCGCUGAAUCCGUGCUGCGGGCUGAGGCACAGCUUCCGCCGGCGCUCGAAGAGCAGGACGGGUCUCGUUCGCAUGCCAAGGCCCCCGGUGGGAUGGUGACCGGGGCCCCCGCGUCCAUCGGAGCCUCGGAAGCUCACCCCACCAUCGUGGCCCAAACUGUCAAGAACUGGGACGGGUCUGACACCUGCCCUCCUUGCCAGCCAGCAAGUCAGUACGGCACCGAACGACAGCGGCUGGGCCAAGACCCUGAGAGUUCCAGGUCGGAGGCGAAGGCGAGCAUCACUCAAGUCCAAGGAUGCAGCCCUAAAACCCCGCAGGUCACGCACGGGUCGAGGAAGUUUGAGGCAAAACCCACAGUCGAAGGGCCCCUCCCCCACGACCGGCACCUCGCGCGGAGACUGCCGGGACCGCGGCGCGCCCGACGGCCUCAGGGGCAGCGAGGCCCGGAAGCCCUGGGGUGGGGGGGCGAGGCCCGGAAGCCCUGGGGUGGGGGGGCGGCGCCCGGGAGCCCCGCGGGCCUGCGCCGGCCGCGCCCCACCCCCGGCUGCGGGAGCUUCGCGCCGGCUACUCCUCGGCCGCGGGAAGGCGGGGUCUCGGGCUUUCCCGCCUGCGGGCCCCGCCGCUCCCUCGUCUCUCGGGCCUCGCGCGGUUUCUGCUGCCAACCGCCCAGCCGGCCCGCCGCGGUCCGCGCCACCGCCCUGGUCCCGGGGCGGGAUGCGGCGGCACCCGGGGCGCUGGUGGCUGCUCCUGUGGCUGCCGCCGCUGUCCGCCCCGCCCGCACGCGCCGUGCGCGGAGAGGAGGCGGCGGCCGCGCUCUCAGAGAGAGACAGACCGAGAUCACAAGCAGGCAGAGCGGCAGGCGGGGUCGGGGAGGAGGCGCCCCGCCGAGCAGAGAGCCCGACGCGGGGCUCGAUCCCGGGACCCUGAGACCAUGGCCUGAGCCACCCGGGCGCCCCGCACCUGCACGUUUUCCUGGUUGUCGGCCGAAGCAGCGGCCGCGGCGCGGACGUGCGGUGGUUCGUGUGCGGCCCCGCAGCUGCCCGGCCCCGGCUGCCGUCCCCUGCGGCCCCUGUAGGCGCGUGGCUCGCGGCGGAAACGUCCGUGCUUCUCCCGGGGCGGUUGCUGUGGACCCGGGCCAAGAGGGCGACGGCUUCGUCUCCGGGGGAGCAACCAAGCCUGGUCUUGCAGGCUGGACAGAGGACCUCCUCCUGCGAGGUCGGGGUUCUUUGUCUAAGGAUGGAGAUGACGGCCGGAUUCUGCCGGAGCUGCCAACCCCUGGGACUGUUGCAGUGACUUCCACUUUGGGCGACCGCUCUGUACCGGUGGUCAUCGAACACUCAGUUGUUGAGUGUUCACGAAGUGUCAGCAGUGUUAAAAGUGCUCUGAGUGCAUUAUCCUGUCCAAUGCCUGUAAUAGUCCUCUGAGAGCAAGUACCGUUAGAUACCCAUUUUAUAGAUGGGGAAAGGCAGGCUUAGUAAGAAAUGUAACCAUUCUACACGGAUCAACAGAUAAAUCACAGACGUGUCCAAGACGGAGGGUUUCUGAGCAUGGCAGCAGCCAGAAACUUCUAAGUAGGCCCGGAUCAACAUCCAGAACCUUCACUUCUAGACUUUCCUUCCAUGCCCCCAUCCACUCGUAGAAUUACCUUGGUCCCGGCCCAUAGUCUUUAUCAACCGUCGUUUUCUCAUCAUACGAUAAAGUUGUUCCAUUGUGGAAUGAUUUCCAGCAUUUUCUUCACCUUUUUAUUUCCUUCUGUGAACCUAGUAUUUCUCAUGUUUGUGUUACAACAUUUGGUGUUAACUAUGACUUCUUUUGUUUGGUUAGCCAGAGAGCUACAUAAAUGCAUGUCAGAACUACUGUUCUGCCCAAGACAUGCAGGAGGUACACUGAGUUGAUAAAAAUUCUAGCGCAGAGCCAAGAAAAAUGGCAACUUAUGAAGCCUUAUAGCAACUCUUCCCAUUCCAGAUACGCUUUAUAUGGGACAGGCUGUGGAGCAUCCUGGAUCCUGUGGUGUGCUAGUGACAACACUUUGGAACCCUUGGACUAGACUAGAUCUAAGGAACAUUGCUGCUGUAAAAGUGAUUUUAUGAACUGAGAUCAAACAGCUGGGACUUCCUUUCAUAAUAGGGCCCAUUUAUAACAUGAGAAGCUUGGAUUAGAUGAUACUUUAUUGUUGUAAAAUUCUCUUCAAUGCACACACACCCUUCCAUAAAAUAGAGAACAUCCAGAGCCAGGCUAGCUUUCUGUCACCCUAUUUGGAGGAAGGUCAGAGGCAAGUGACAGGAGAGGCAGGUAGUUGGCUGGCUGAACAUUAUUCAUGGUUGCAGCCCAGGUUGAGGACCCUUGAAACCAUGUGUUGUCUUAUGAUGUAGUUCAGGCCACCGUGUUGAGUUCCCAGGCUUGAACUAUGUAGUGAUAGGCCGUUUGAAACCACAACCUUCAAAUUCAUCUAAGGAGAAGAAAAAUCAGUCCUUGAAGUUAAAAUCGGCCUGAAUGUGCAUCAGUAUGUGCUAAUUUCAGAUUCAUUUUCUAUGCACAUUCUUGGAGAAACAAAAAUCAAGAUUUAUAGUCAAUUCUGGUUAAACUAGGGUUAAUAGAAUAGAGAAGUUACCUUCUAACUUUGGUGCUCCAUGCUAACUCCUUUGAAAAUGUGAAUCUACAAAUAAUACCCAGAAAAAUCCUUCCUUUGAGCUUUCAGGAGCUAAGUUUUGUUGGUUUUUGCUUUUUGUUUUUAUUUUUUUCCCUCUUCUUGUCCCAAAAGAAAAGCAGUAAUAGGCCAAAUGGAGAAAAUGGCUCUCUAAUUUAAUAAGUGAUUUUAUUAUUCUGUUAUAGUUUCAUCUGAAGAUAUUUUCUUCCCAUAUGAGGGCCAUAUGAAGGUUAAAUUUUUAGAAGGAACAUUACUGAAGUAUUUUUAUGUUGGAAGUUGUUUAAGAUCUGCUGAGAUUUGAGGAGUGUUUGUGCUUUUUAUUUUUAGCAUAUUCUAUAAGUAGGCUUAAGUACUACCUGCCUUUUUCUGAAGUUUUGAAUAUUUUUACUUUAUGUAUGACUAAAUUCUUUAACUUAAAUAUGUCCUUUUAGGGCGCCUGGGUGGCUCAGUGGGUUAA